GCUUCUUCAUUCAUUCAAGGGCGAGCUAGGGUUUGGGGCUAGGGUGCGGCGCCAUGACGGUCCUCUCGGAUGUGGAGCUCUCGGAUCUGUUUGUGGGCGUGGACGAUGAUUCAUGGGGGAGGUUUGUGGACGAGGUGCUGUUGAGCUGCUCGGAUCCGGAUGACGAGCAGCAGCAGCAGCAGCGGCAGCACGACGAGGAAGAGGUGAAGCGGCAGUCGAGGCUCCAACGCAACCGGCAGUCGGCCUGGCAGUCCCGGCAGAGAAAAAAGUGGUACGUGACAGGUCUCGAGGCAAAGUGCCGCCUUUUGGAGGGCCGCUGCACCCAAUUGGAGCAGUCGGUGCGCUUUGUUUCUACGGAGAAUGUGGUGCUUCGGCAGGAGGUGUCGAGGUUGAACAAGGCCGCCAAGAGUGGCGUGGCAGAGCCUGCCGUGCUCGUCAAGGGUAAGGUUUAUCGUUCUGCUUGGCUCGUGAAUGUGCGCUUCGUGGCUGCAGGUUCCCUGCCGUUGGAAUUCCUGUCACGCGACUUGAGUUGCCUUGUCAACCUUGUGACGCUGCUGAUACUGGUGUGGUGCCAAAUCUCGAUCACACUAGUAGAAAGAGAUCAACACACGCCGCUGCAUCAUCCUCACCACAAGAUGAAAUCAGCAACAACGAGACGAAGAAGAAGAAGCAGAAGCAGAAGCAGAAGAAGAAGCAGGCGGCUCAUUGCUAAUGGGUGUGGUCACCUGGACUGGAUUCCUCCUUGAUUUCAUGGAUUUUUAAUCUUGUGUGUAUAAAGAAGAACCGGUAUUGUCACCUA